GCAACAUUGCAAAAUAGAAGUUACUUGUAGCGAUGAAGCUUUUAGUUGCGAUUAUUUCUCUCCAAUGUUGGUUUCACGUAGUGAUUGCACGAAUUUAUUAUGUGCAACCUAGUAAUGAAGUUAAAGGAAAGCGAUUUGGUACUUUUCUAAAUCCGUUCGAUUCGAUUCAAGAAUGUGUAGACACUUUGAAAAAUGAAGGUGACGAAUGUCAAAUACGCGCUGGUAAAUAUCACGAGAAUAUUCUCGUCACGGGAUUAAAUGGCAAACCAGAAAAACCAUUUGUCAUAAGAGGUUACGGAGACGAGCGACCAAUUCUUGAUGGAACUAUUGACGUUCAACCACUGACAAAAUGGAAGAAUAAUUUGCAUAAAAAUAUCUACAGUGCAAAGAUUCCCACCGCUAUCUGGCAACUGUUCAUUGAUGGCGAAAUGAUGACAAAUGCAAGAUGGCCAAAUGCUAAAUGGUCAGACAAAACAAUCUUUAACGGUACGCUUUGGUCAGGUUUAUCAAAAUCAUCCAAACGAGGCUUGAUUGUAAAUAAAGGAGAUGGUUUGAAGAAAACUAACAUUGACAUGACAGGCGCAAUGGCUAUUUUAAAUAUCGGGAGUUUCAAUACUUUUGUUGCAAAAGUGAAACACCACAAAGCUAACACAAACACAUUCACAUUCGACGACACGUUUGGCGAUUAUCACUUCAAACCAGAGCGAUCCCGGUAUUUCCUGGAAGACAAGCUUGAACUUUUAGACACAGCGGAGGAGUGGUUUUACGAUAAAAAUACAAGCAUUCUCUAUGUCUGGACACCAACUGGAGAAAGCCCUGCUGGUUUUAAGCUACGCGGAAAGACACAAAGCUAUGCGAUGCAGAUUAGGAAUAGCAGCCACCUUCUGAUUCAAAAUAUCGAUUUCUUUGCAACCACCUUAAACGCUGACUCAGUAAACGCUACGUUUCGUGUUCACAAUAUCACCUUCCAUUCAUUGAACUUCAAGUAUCAUUCGUAUUCGAAAAGAAUGCUUGGAGAUAGCAGUCUCAUUCAAUGGACAGAAGUAAAUGGAAUAUAUGACAAGAGAAGACAGAACACGUGGGGAAGAUUUACCUUUUUUAACAAUACAUUUUAUGGAUCAGAUGGCUUGGCGUUAUCUUAUCACGGUAGUAAUGUGACACUGGAAAACAAUCUCUCUCAACGACUGGACUGCAGCUAA